AUGGCGGAUCCUUCUCCAGUUACCCACAGGCACAACGCCUCUCCUGAGCGCGGGCUUGUGCUAAACAACGACCCGGCGUUGGAUACUGCCCACGAGCACCAUCAUGGCCAUAUGCAUCACGCGCCCAGUGCCGCGCAUGAUGACAAUGUUACCUACUCGAUAAACACCACCGCUGAGCCCAGUAUCAUUCCGGCACAAGAUCCUCUAGACGAUAAUCUGAGACGGCGGGGCCAUCCGGAAAAGAACGGGCACUAUGAUGAGAAGAACGGCGCCCUCAACUAUGAUCCUGAGAAGGGGAGUUUGAGCCCAAUCGGCGCAUCGGUGACCCAGGAAGAAGACCCGAAACGCCAUGGGUUUUCCGGGUUUUACAAGAAAUACAGAGUCUUCUUCCACGCGGCUAUUUGGUUGCUCUUUACUGGCUGGUGGAUCGCGAGCUUGGUCCUGCAUCGCAAUGACAAGAACUGGGUUGUUCCAUUCCUGCUCUAUCUCUGCAUCACCAUCCGCAUCGUAACCCUCUAUAUCCCUAUCACGGUCGUAACGAAACCAAUGCACUGGGUCUGGAACAAUACCGGGGUCCGCUUUACCAGUUACAUUCCCGAGAAGCUGCGGAUCCCACUGGGCGCUGCUCUAGUCAUUGCAGUCAUUAUUGUCGGGGCUUUCGCCAGCGAAGAGAGCCAGGACAACACGCGUGCAAACCGCGCCGUCAGCCUUUUCGGUCUGCUCGUCUUCAUCGGUGGAUUGUGGGCGACAUCGAGGAAUCGGGCUUUGAUCAACUGGCACACCGUCAUCGUUGGUAUGCUCGUCCAAUUCAUUGUGGCCCUUUUCGUUCUGCGCACGCAAGUUGGAUACGACAUCUUCGACUUUGUGUCCUUGCUCGCGCGUGAGCUCCUCCACUUCGCCGCCCUUGGCCUUGCCUUCUUGACGUCCGAGGAAACUACGCAGCUGCCCUGGUUCUUGACCGGAGUGAUUCCGCCGAUCAUCUUCUUCGUCUCCUUUGUCCAGCUGCUCUACUACUGGGGUCUCAUCCAGUGGUUCAUCGGCAAGUUUGCCGUGUUCUUCUUCUGGGCCAUGAAGGUCAGCGGAGCGGAGGCCGUGGUUGCGGCUGCCUCGCCCUUCAUCGGACAGGGUGAAUCUGCUAUGCUUAUCAAGCCCUUCGUGGCGCAUUUGACCCAAGCGGAGCUCCAUCAAGUUAUGUGCUCUGGUUUCGCCACCAUUGCUGGCAGUGUGCUUGUCGCAUAUAUCGGUCUCGGCAUCAACCCGCAGGCGCUCAUCUCUUCUUGCGUGAUGAGUAUCCCCGCUUCCUUGGCCGUCAGCAAGCUCCGCUUCCCUGAGACAGAGGAGACUCUCACGGCCGGCCGUGUUGUGAUUCCCGAUGAUGAUGAACACCGCGCUGCAAAUUCGCUACACGCUUUCGCCAACGGCGCCUGGCUCGGUCUCAAGAUCGGCGGCAUGAUCUCUGCUACCAUUCUCUGCAUUCUAGCGCUCAUCGGUCUGAUCGACGGCCUCUUGACCUGGUGGGGCCGCUACCUCAACCUCGAUGGCGACUACGAUCUUACCUUGGAACUCAUCUUGGGGUACAUCUGCUACCCAGUCGCUUUCCUCCUCGGUGUCUCACGACAAGGCGGCGAUUUGCUCAAAGUCGGCCGUCUGAUCGGCAUCAAGCUCAUCAGCAACGAGUUUGUUGCGUACGCGCUUCUGCAAAACGACCCCGAGUACGCCGACCUCUCGCCCCGCUCCACCCUCAUCGCUACGUAUGCUCUAUGCGGCUUCGCCAAUAUCGGCUCUCUUGGUACCCAGAUCGGUGUCUUGGGCCAGAUCUCUCCAGGCCGCAGUGGAGACGUUGCAAGAGUUGCUGUUAGCGCGCUUAUCUCGGGCGCGAUCUCGACCCUGACGUCGGCAACGAUUGCGGGAGCGGACUGCCCCUUCAGGCCGAUCAACAUUCCAAUCAAAGAUGUUGCUUUGAUUGGCAACCCUAUCGAGCGUGGCAUCUCAGGUGACAAGCGUAUGAUGCGUGGCAUGGCUAUGUCAGUUGGGAGUCCGCCGCAAGAAUUUGCGUUUAUGCCAGAGUGGCUAUUAAACAAUACUUGGCUAUUCGGGGAGCAAGGCUUCUGCGACACGUCUAUAUCAGAAGAGGCCUGCUUUACUCGCCGGGGCGGAGCUUUCAAAGGCGACAGAUCUUCUACGUUCAGCACAAUCAACAACGUUGCUACGGAGGACCGAGUUCUAUACGACAAUAACACCGUCAGGGCUGAAAGCUGGGGAAGAGAUGAAUUCGUACUGGCUCCAAACGUUACGUUGAGGGCCUUUCCAUUCGGCAUAGCAGGCUCGGACUGGGGUGGCGGUUAUCACACCCAGAUGAGCGUGGGCCUGGGCGCCAACUCGACCAUCUUAACCGCACUCAAAGAGGCUGGCAAAAUCGGUUCCAGGACAUGGUCGAUGUUUUGGGGUUUAACCGGCGCCACGCCGGAGGCCCAGAUGGAUGGCGCUUUCGUCUUUGGUGGCUACGACGCGGCGAAGAUCAAAGGGAACAAUGUCACCCAUGAUAUCAGACCUUCGGACAGAUGCCGGUCAGGUUUGGUCCUUCCGAUUACCGACAUACAAUUGAACUUCCCGAACGGCUCCAGUCCUUACGUAUUCUUUUCCGGGACCAUGAACGUUUGCAUCCAGCCGGAUCACCCUGUCUUGAUGACACUACCACUAGACCCUUACUACAACCGCUUCGAAGAACUCACUCAAACUACAAACAUUGGUCGCUCUAGCGGUAUCAACCACUGGGGGCACUUAUACGAUCCCGAAGAUGUCUUUCAAGGAGACAUGACCUUCAGCUUUGCAUUUGGACCAAAGAUACGCAUUUCGAACAGCCAGUUGGUUAUCCCGGACAUGAUGGUCAACCAAAGCGGCUACGUCGUCACCAAUACCAGUACGCGCGAAGUCGUGAUCAAUAGUAUCAAGGACUUUUACGCGGGCGACAUACCGAUCAUCGGCCGCCAGUUCCUGUCCUCCGCUUACAUCAUGGUCAAUCAAGACGAAAACACCUUCACGUUGUGGGAGGCAAACCCUACGAAGGACAUCAACCUCGUUGCUGUGGCCGAUGAUGAGACUAUGGCUACGCGCUGCCGCAUUGCUGAUGCAUCCUCGUCACUCGAGAGCACAAGUACCCGAGCCGCAGAUAGCGGUAACUCGGAUACUGGGUCUACGCGUCUCACGCCCGGCGUCUUGGCCGCCGUCUUCAUCGUUGCGGUUAUUGCUGUCGGCUCACUUGCUCUUGUGGCCUUCUGCCUGAGAAGAAGAUCGAGGAGGCGGAAACAAGCGGCGAUGGGAUUGACGCCACCCGAACCUCAGUACUCCAUAAAACCUGCAUACGACCCGGGGUUACAAGAGAUCGCGAGCUCCCAGCACGGACACGAGAUGUGGACGGAGAACAGAGGUGUUGUGCAUGAGAUGGAGCAGAGACGCGUUGUGCAUGAAUUGGGUUAG